AUGAAUAAAUUAGUUCCUUCUGUUGUUCGUCUUAUUUCCAGUGGCCAAGUGAUUCAUUCCAUCCAGUCUGUUAUCAAAGAAUUAAUUGAGAAUUCUUUAGAUGCAGGUGCAACCAGCAUCGAUAUCAAACUUGAAAAUUUCGGAUUAGACAAAAUCGAGAUACGCGAUAAUGGCUGCGGAAUACCAGCAACAGAGACUGCUUACAUGGGCCAAAAGCAUUAUACAUCCAAGCUGAGAGAUAUGCAGGAUUUAAGCUCGAUAAUGACCUACGGAUUUCGCGGUGAAGCAUUGAGCUCUUUAUGUGCUGUAAGUGAUGUUUCAAUUGUGACUAAGACUCAAACUGACAACGUUAGCACAUUUUACGAGCUCCAUUAUGAUGGCACGAUAAAGAAAAGCAAGCCAUCUCAUUACGGUCAAGGUACAUCGAUCAUUGCGUGCAACUUAUUUAAGAGUUUGCCAGUUAGGAGACAGGUAUAUAAAACCAACAAAAAGUGCAAAGAAGAAUUAAAACGAAUAGAGGAUUUAAUCAUUUCUUAUGCCAUUAUCAAACCGACCGUUCGAUUCUGUCUUAAACACAAUAAAAGUGUAAUAUGGCAAAAAUGCCAGGUAGCUGAUAUUGGCUCUGCCAUAUCGGUCGCAUUUGGACGUGCCGUCUUUUCUGAAAUGAUCACGAUCAAUUACAAGGGCGAAGAUCCAGCGUUUUCUCUUCGUGGAUAUAUUCCCAAAAAUUACUCCAAUGAUGAGCUAACUGGUAGAUCGAAUAGUGAUCGUUGUUUUAUUUAUAUCAAUCAGCGACCUGUAAUGUUUAAAGGUGUCUUGCAGGCCAUCAAACACCAUUACCUUGCAUGCCAAAAAGGACAAAUUAAUAAAUGGCCAAUCGCUAUUCUUGACUUUACUAUUGAUUCGAAAUUGGUCGAUGUUAAUGUAGAAUCGAGUAAAACUCAGGUUUAUCUUAGCUUUAAGGUAUAUCAAUUCCAAUUCCCCUUAUUUAUCGAAUUAUAUAAUACUAUUGAUUACUUAAUGUUGACAUUGAAGUUAAAAUCAUCGAGGAUUUCAAUCCUAUUUUUUGUAUGA